UUUAAAAAGAAUUUAUUUUUUAAGGAUUUUUACGUAUGAAUUUAAAUGAAUUUUUGAAAACCGAUCAUUUAGAUACAAAUAAUAAUUUGCAUACGGAUUAUUUAAAUGGAACUAAUCUAAUGUAUGAUUUUAGUGAUACAGAAUUUCCACAAAAUAAAAUGUGGAUAAGAUUACCAACAUGGGAAAUAUCGGUUAAAGUUGUUACAUUUAUUCCAAUUAUAAUACUUGGAUCAUUUGGGAAUAUAACAUUAUUAAAUAUAAUAAUAAGAAAUCGUGCACUUAAAACACCAACAAAUUUAUUAAUAGCUAAUAUGGCAGCUGCUGAUACUGCAAUAAUAUUAAUAUGUCCAAUAAUGUUUAUGUUUCAUGAUUUUUAUCAAAAUUAUCAAAUGGGUGCAAUCGGUUGUAAAUUAGAAGGUUUUUUAGAAGGUGUUUUAUUAAUUACAGCUGUAUUAAAUUUAUGUGCAGUUAGUUAUGAUCGUUUAACAGCUAUUGUUUUACCAAUGGAAUCAAGAUUAACAAUAAAAGGUACAAAAAUAGUAAUGGUAUGUACAUGGUUAGCUGGAAUUUUAUUAGCAAUGCCAUUAGCUAUAUAUAGAAUAUAUGUGAAACGACAAUUCAAAAAUUUUGUGGAAACUUAUUGUAAGGAAAAUACAACAAUUUUGCCAAAAUAUUGGCAUGUAUUAAUUGCAGCUUUGGUUUGGUUUCCAUUGUUUGUUAUGAUUGUUUCAUAUUCGGCCAUUUUUCAUAAGUUGGAUCAUUAUGAGAAACAAGUACUUAAAAAAGAACAUCCAUUAUGUGUUUCAUAUAAAAAAAAAGUGGCUAAAACAUUAUUUACUAUUGUAAUUACAUUUGUUUUAUUACGUGUACCAUUUACUGUACUUGUAUUUUUCCGAUAUGAAAUGCAAUUACAAAAUUGGUCAAAUGAAAUAUCAUAUGGUUUUCAAAUAUUAUGGUAUUCAUCACAUUAUUUAAUAUUUUUGAAUGCUGCAAUUAAUCCCAUUAUAUACGGAAUGAAUAAUGAUAAUUUUCGACGAGCAUACAAUCAAACACCAAUAUUUUCAUUUUGUUGUAAACCUAAAAUUAAUACGAACGAAAAAAAGAAAAUUCAGCCUGUACGUUCACCCUGUAAAACUGGUACUAAACAAAUAAAUAAAGUUACUAAUAAAAUUGUUGAAGUUUUACCAAAUAUAUCGGAAAAAUGUGAACAAAAUAUUCCAAUUGAUAGAAGUAAAAGUACAAAAAUUACACAAUUAAAUAUUUUAACAAAAUCUAAUAUUGAUGUUAAUGUUGAUGGUGGUGGUAAUAAUGGUACCAGAAUGCCAAAAGAUAAACAAAAAACUGCAUUAGCAGAUUGUUUAUGA